UAGACCUAUCGAUACUAUUGCUUUUACUCAACUAUCGAUAACCUAUCGAUAAUGGAAUAGCGAUGAGCAAAACGUUAGUGUUGCCAAUUGCACAGAGUAUUAACUCUGUAAUGAAAAUGGCGUCGACCGGAGGCGAGUCUGAUAAGGAGAAAAGCAAAGAAUUUAAUGAUGAGGAAUCCAAUAAUGAGGAAUAUGUGGAAUACCUGGAUGAGAAACCAAAUUUUCAAAGACGUGCAAAUGUUAGUUUGGCAUGGAAAUAUUUCGAUCUGAAGGAUCAAGAGCAGAAGAUCGCCACAUGCAAGAUAUGUGCAAACGAGCUAUCAUAUCGUUCUGUGAGCAACCUGACUAAGCAUGUACGAAGGAGGCAUGGAUUGGGCCUGUCAACGUCCACACAAGAGCAAGCCAAUUCUGAUACGGAGAACAUAAAGUUAGAUGAUGAGGAAUCAAACAGCGAAGAAUUUGUGGAAUACCUGGAGGAGAAACCAGAGGAGUCAAGACGUCCGAACGUAAGUUUGGCAUGGAAAUAUUUCGAAGUGAAGGACAGGGAGCUGAGGAUAGCUACAUGCAACAUAUGUUCAAGGGAGUUAUCAUACAGUUCUGUGAGCAACCUGACUAAGCACGUGCGAAGGAAGCACGGAUUGGGCCUGUCAAUGUCCACACAAGACCAGCCAAGGAAUCACACCCGGGAGGGUAUGACCAGGUCGUCAAUAUGGCAUUUCUGCAAAAAAAUCGACCACAUGAAAAAGAUAGCUAUGUGUCUUGUAUGCAAGAAGAAGCUGUCUUACAAGACUAUCAAUAACCUACGGAGGCAUGUGUUGAACCAGCAUCCCGAUUUAAUUGAUCAUGAUAAAAGGCUGAUGAUCUCCAGUGACGGGAAUCUGUACGAGAUAGAUGAUAAAGUGGAACAUCUCGUCAACGAUGAUGAACAGCCCGUUAUAGAUAUCGACUCCGUGUAUAUAGAAGAUGUGGACACCGAAGACGUAUUAGAAAGCAAAGGGCUGAGGAACAAAAGAAGAAAAAUAACAUUACACGACACCAAGAACAGUGACGACACUAGUGCAGACGAGAUCACGUAUCGGGAGCGAUACGCGCGUAAAAAGAGCGAUACUUUGGAUCAGUUCGGCAAAUACCUGGUAUCCAUUAUGAGGCAAUUACCAGACAACAUAUCGAAUAAGUUGCAAUUGGAUUUUGUGAAGCAAGCCAUGACCGCGCGAUUGGCGAGCGAUACGCAAACAAUUGAUACAGAUAACAGUUAUCAAAUAACGAUAGCUAAUAACGGGCCGCGGAAUAACAGCGAUCAUCAGUACGUUGUAGAAGAACAUGUUGUUGAGUAGAUAAUAAAUUAAUUUUAUGCA